AUGAGGAGGUGCUUGGUAGUUUUGUUUUGGUUUCUUCACGUAUCAUGUGCCGUAAGAGUAUUACCUUCAAUUCAAAAGGGCACAGAUGAUUCUGAGAACGAUAGGGCGGACUCCGAGGAGUCAUAUAAAACUACUCGAUUUCCGCGCACCACACCAAAAACCAAAAACGGCGAUGUCAUAGUUGAAAAGUUUGUGAACACAUUAAUGGAAAGUAAAAAGUAUUUGAAGACUAUAGAAAUUGUAGAAGAUAAGUUGGAUCAUUUGGAAAGUAUGUUCCAAGAAAGGUCUAAUGCGAUAAUAAAAUAUCUCGCCGAGGUUUUAAGGGUGGUGAAAACUUCACCUGCGGAUAUGUUAGAGAAGGCUCUGCAAUCAUUGAAGAAUGAUUUAGACAGGUUGAAACAAACGGUGCAGCGCCACGCAGCCACCGAGGUUCCAAAUUUAAGAAUGGAGAACUCAGAGUGCAACUUGGAAGCUACUUUGGAUACAAGACUUUCUUUCUUGGAAACUCACAUGAAAUCUGUUAUGACUAGUGUUGAAGCAAUAACUGCAGUGAUUUCAGAUGUUAAAAAUCGACAUCGUUCUCAUAAUAUGAACAAAGUUGAUAAUAAUGAGAUAAGUCGAAUCGGAAAUGGAGCUGAAGUUUUAAAUUUAAUCAGUGAAUUCCGGCGAACGAUACAAGAACAAAAAGCAAGAAAAUGCGAUUGCAAGAUAGGCCGCGUAGACCGUUCAGAGCGGUAUCCAACUGAUUGUCACGAGAUACAGGCACAGGGAUUUAAUGUAACCGGGAUAUAUAAAAUCAAACCUGAAGAUAUAGAACCAUUCUACGUGUUGUGUGAUCUCAGUUCUGCAGGCGGCGGCUGGACGGUGAUACAAAAUCGUUUCGAUGGGAGCCAGGACUUCCUUAAGAAUUGGGUGGAAUAUAAGCACGGAUUCGGUAACCUUGCUGGCGAAUUCUGGCUAGGCUUGGAGAAGGUGUAUUACCUGACUAACCAAAAGCUUUACGAACUGAGAAUCGAGAUGGAAGGCCAGAAUAGACAAGAGGCAUCUGCCAGUUUUUCAGUAUUCACCAUAGGGCCGGAGUAUGAAGGGUACAGAAUAAGUACACUGGGUACAUUCCGUGGUAGCGCUGGUGAUUCUCUGUCAUACCAUGCUGGUCAAAAAUUUUCAACUUUAGAUAUGGAUAAUGACGAAUGGAAGGAAGGCUCUUGUGCCAUCGAACAUGGGGGCGCGUGGUGGUAUAAGGAAUGUGAUAAAAGCAAUUUAAAUGGAAAAUAUGUCAGUUCGGCGGACGAAAGUAACAGUCAGUCGAUCUACUGGAUAUCGUUCAAAGGCCCUAAUGCUCCACUUUACAAGACCAGAAUGAUGAUCCGACCCCUACCGGCGAGUCGCCCAUUAGAUUACGGGAAAGCAAGGGCUUUGGCAGACAACUCAAAGCAGCCGAAGUCUGACAUGAAUCCACGCAUCAAGAAUCCGAAGAGCUCGUACGACAUGGCCCGCGCUCGCGCUCCGUACCGGUACGACGACAACGUGCACCCCGAUGCGUUCUUCCCAAACUACGCAUGAUUUGUCUAAAACAUUAUAUUAUUACGUACAAUGCACUUUUUAAUACUUAUAUAUUAAUUAAUAGUAGGAACACAUAUCCAACCUGAUUAAUCUACUUACUCGUAUCGUUCACGUGAAACAUUGUUGUAAUUUCUGUUAUACAUUUUCGUUUAUUUACCCUAAC